AUGUCUCCCUACCGGGUUGUCUUUGGUAAAACAUGUCAUUUGCCAGUGGAGAUAGAGCAUCGGGCUUAUUGGGCUGUGAAGACUUGUAAUAUGUCCUUUGAUCUAGCUGGUGAGGAAAGGAAGUUGCAACUGAAUGAGUUGGAUGAGAUCCGUCUUGAAGCCUAUGAGAACUCUAAGCUUGGUCUCAUGGGUGGUAAGCUUCGUUCUAAGUGGAUUGGACCUUUUGUUGUGCUUAAUGUUUUUCCUUAUGGUACAGUUGAGAUCAAAAGUGAAUCCACAGGUAAGAGCGUCAAGGUUAAUGGGCACCGCCUGAAGCCUUUUCUCACUAACCCUUCUUUGGUGGAUACUAUAGUGGAGGAGGUCGCCUUGUUGGACCUUGCAUCUUUUACAUCACCAUGA